AUGGCGACCACAGUACAAAUUCUAGGGAGAACUGAAGAAAACAUUAUUCUUUAUGAAGUAUCGCUAGAAGAAAAGCCAUGGUCUUCCCAACAGGUAAGUUACAUACAUGAGAGCCAAACUAUAUGGUGCACUUGUAAGAAUUUCGAAGCUUCUGGUUGGCUAUGCUAUCACUGCCUAAGAAUUUUACAUCUACAUUCUAUUACAAGAAUUCCAGAGAAGUACAUUAGCAAAAGAUGGACAAAGCUUGCAAAAACUGAAGUAUGGAAUAGAAUGGAAAAUAAGGAUCCAAAACUCCCAUAUACAUCAUGGAGACAUACAAUGAUGAGAAAAUAUUAUAACUUAAUCUUAAAGAGUCAAGAAAAUGAAAAGGCAAGAGCAUUCAUGGAGGAAAACUUCAAAAACUGUAUGAAAAUGGUGGAAGACUUACUUGCGGCCGAAGCUUUUACAGAGGAGGUUGCUGCAAGUGAUGACAAUUCUAAUGUGGCAGAGAGUGCUCAGAGUACCAAUAAUACUUCUUCUUCAUCAACAAGUACAACCAUACCCACUAUAUUAGACCCUAAGAGAGUUGUAACAAAGGGAAGAAGCAAGAGAGUAAAAGGAGCACUUGAAAAAGGGAAGAAAUCAAAGCAAAAAGCAUUACCAGAUCCAAAUUCAGAGUUUGGAUCGAAGACACCUACUGUGCGACUUUUUUGA